AUGGCGCUCGCUGUGUCUUCUAUACCAUCACUAACAUUACUCCAGAGUGAGCGGUUCCGGCCGGUGAAUUCAUUCGGGUUGCACUCGCGUAGGUUAUGGACCUACUCGAUGUUCUUCUCAACCUCCGCCAAAAGUCCUCCACUCCGUGUUCUUGGUUCGAGCUCCGGUGGAGGUUUUGGCGUCGUUUCUGCCAUUUCUGAAGCAGAAUUUCAUCCUUCCAGUUACGUUUGGCCUGAUAACAGGAAGAGACCAAGAGUGUGCAUACUAGGUGGUGGUUUCGGAGGGCUGUACACUGCAUUGAGAUUGGAAUCACUUGAUUGGCCAGAUGGAAAAAAACCACAGGUGGUUCUUGUUGAUCGAUCUGAGCAUUUUGUUUUCAAGCCGCUACUGUAUGAACUCUUAUGUGGAGAAGUAGAUGAAUGGGAGAUAGCCCCUCGUUUCUCAGACUUGCUGUCAAGCACUGGUGUGCAGUUUUUGAAGGACAGCGUGCAAUAUUUACUUCCCUUUGAUCAAUAUGGUAUGGAUGGGGAUGCGUUAACUCAUUCCGCUGGAGUAGUGCAUCUUGAAAGUGGUCUCCUUAUUGAAUAUGAUUGGUUGGUACUUGCUCUUGGAGCUGAAGCUAAACUUGAUGUUGUGCCGGGUGCAACAGAAUAUGCAUUGCCGUUUACCACUCUUGAGGAUGCUCGGAGGGUCAAUGAGAAGCUAAGAACACUUGAGCGUGAAUUCUUUUGUAAGGACUCUCCAAUUAGAGUUGCAGUCGUUGGAUGUGGUUACUCUGGAAUUGAAUUGGCUGCCACAAUAUCAGAAAGACUCCAAACACGGGGAGUUGUACAAGCAGUCAAUGUUGAGAAAACCAUUUUGUCGAAUGCUACUCCUGGCAAUCGGGAAUCUGCAUUAAAAGUUCUCAAGUCCAGGAGUGUUCAGUUUUUGCUGGGUUAUUUUGUCUGUUCUAUAAAGAGAGUUGCACAGUGUGACAAUAAAGUAGGAGCACAAAACCAUGAAAGACUAAAAUUGGAGUUGCAGCCUGCUGAAAGGGGUGUGCCUAGACAAGAUGUAGAAGCAGAUUUAGUUUUAUGGACUGUCGGUUCAAAACCUGUGCUUCCUCAGCACAAACCCGGUGAUAAACCCAUAUCACUUCCUCUAAACAGUAGGGGUCAAGCUGAUACUGAUGAAACUCUUCGUGUUGAGGGUCACCCGCGUAUAUUUGCUAUUGGCGACUCUUCUGCUAUGAAAGAUGGUCGAGGAAAUUUGCUUCCAAGCACUGCCCAGGUAGCAUUUCAACAGGCUGAUUUUGCCGGCUGGAAUCUGUGGGCCGCAAUAAAUGGUCGACCUCUGUUACCAUUUAGGUUUCAGAAUUUAGGUGAGAUGAUGACGCUUGGGAGGUAUGAUGCUUCUGUUUCACCAAGCUUCACGGAGGGCCUGACAUUGGAGGGUCCAAUUGGUCACACUGCGAGAAAAAUAGCAUACUUAAGCCGACUGCCAACAGACGAGCACCGAUUAAAAGUAGGGAUCAGUUGGCUAACAAAGGCUGCCAUUGAUUCAACUGCAUUACUGCUGGAUAGUAUUACCAAAAUGCCUUUCGAAUUGUAG